AUGUGGCUAUCCAAGAAAUGUGGCUAUGUCUUCACUUGGAGGCUCCUCAAGGACAGGCUCCCCACUAAGGGUAAUCUCUUAAGAAGAAAUGUGGCUAUCCAAGAGGCUGUUUGUCCUCUCUGUGGUCAAGUGCAGGAGGAAGUGGGUCAUCUCCUCUUUAAUUGUAAAAGGACAAUAGGCCUGUGGUGGGAAUCCAUGAGAUGGAUUCAGGCUGUAGGACCUCUUCCAGCUUCCCCAGCAAGCUAUUUUGCCCAAUUUUGUGAUGGGUUUGGUGCAGACAUAAAUCAUUGCAGAUGGUAUGGGUGGUGGGUUGCUCUAACUAGUGCUAUAUGGCAGCAUAGAAACCUCCUGAUCUUUCAAGGAAAUCCUUUUGAUUCCUCUAAAGUCAUGGAAGAGACUAUGUUUCUAGUUUGGUCUUGGCUAAAAGCUAGAGACAAAGGCUUCAACACUAGUUUUAACCACUGGUCUUCCAACAUAUCAGACUCCUUUGGUUAA